AUGGCAGGCAGGACUUGCAAGCUCGUCCUUGCUCUCCUUGUCGCAGAAAUGGCAGCGUCUCCUCUGGCUCUCGCGUACGACCCGAGCCCUCUCCAGGACUUCUGCGUCGCCGACACCGUCUCCUCCGUGUUCGUGAACGGGCUGGUGUGCAAGGACCUGGCGCAGGUAUCCGCGUCCGACUUCGCGUUCUCGGGCCUCCAGAACGCCGGCGACACCUCCAACGCGUUCGGCUCCAAGGUGACGCUCGUGGACGUGCGCGCGCUGCCGGGGCUCAACUCGCUGGGCGUCUCCAUGGCGCGCCUCGACAUCGCCCCGGGCGGCCUCAACCCGCCGCACACGCACCCGCGCGCCACCGAGGUGCUCACCGUCGUCCAGGGGCAGAUGUACGUCGGCUUCCUCGCCACCGACGGCACGCUCUUCGCCAAGGUGCUGUCCAGGGGCGACGUCUUCGUCUUCCCAAAGGGCCUCGUCCACUUCGAGUUCAACUGCGGCGCCAGCCCCGCCGUCGGCAUCGCCGGGCUCAGCAGCCAGAACCCUGGGCUCAUCCGCGCCGCUGACUCGCUCUUCGGCGCCACCCACGCCAUCACCGACGAGGUGCUCGCCAAGGCGUUCAGGAUCGAUGCCGUCACCGUGCAGAGGAUCAAGGCACAGUUCGCCACCAAGAAGUAA